AUGGUCAAAAAGAGCAAAUUGCUGACCGCAUUGGAUGCGCAAAAAGGACGAGACUACGAGGCAGAAAAGCGCAGGAAAGUACAGAAACAAGCAGAAAAGAAGAGAAGACAGAAGCAGGACGCCAAACAAGAAACAAAAGAUUACGCCGAGGAGGAUGGAAAGACUGUCAAUGGUGUCCCAUCCGCCGAGCAGCUCGAAAAAGCCGCCAUAAAACCUUCUGCUGCAGCAGACGACUUCGAGGAGUUCGAGGACUCUGAAGACGGAGAUGAGGACGACACAGAAGACCAGACGACAAAUGAAACGAUACCACAGCCAGAGAACACAGCCGAUGCAUCAGCGUCAGAGGCAGAGCAAGAUUCUGAUGUGGACUAUUCAGAUCUGGAGGAAGAGGACCGAGAAGACGUGGUGCCACAUCAGCGCAUGACAAUCAACAAUGGCCCUGCCUUGAUCGCUUCGAGAAAGAGGGUCGCAAUUGUCUCAGACAAGCCAAAACACCCAUUCCAUUUCCACAAUUCAAUCACAUCGACCGACAAGACAGCCGACGAGUUGAUACCAGAUGCGAUGGACGACGAAACGCGUGAAUUGAUGUUCUACAAAAUUGCUCGUGAUGCUACAGUACAGGCCCGAGAUUUGCUGAAGAAGGAGAAGGUCCCAUUCACAAGACCCCCAGAUUACUUUGCUGAAAUGGCCAAGAACGACGACCACAUGGACAAAGUCAAGAAGAAGCUGUACGACGAGGCUUCGAGCAAGAAAGCAGCAAACGAAGCUCGAAAGCUGCGUGAUGCUAAGAAGUUCGGCAAGCAAGUGCAGCUUGCUAAGGAGCAAGAGAGAUCUAAGGAAAAGAGAGACACGCUAAACAAGAUCAAGGAGCUCAAGAGGAAACGAAAAGAUAACGACACCGGCAGAGUCACAGAAGGCGACGACCUGUUUCAGGAAGUCAGUGUCGACAACACUUUAUCGACACAAAAACGCGAUCGCAGUGGUGCACUAAACGCAAAACGACAGAAAAAGGACAGCAAGUUUGGCUAUGGCGGCAAGAAGCGAUUCUCAAAGUCAGGUACUGCGGAGAGCAGUGCCGAUAUGCGAGGUUUCUCGGCGAAGAGAAUGAAGGGAAAGGGCAAGCCAGCAAGCAGACCUGGAAAGAGCAGGAGAGCUGCUACCAGGUCAUGA